AUGAUAAAUUUGUAAAUAAGUUUUUGGGAUGUAAGCAAAACAUCUUUGGGACAUCUCUCAUCUUAAUUGGACAAGAUGGAUCAAUUGACUUAGUCUUCUAGUUAGCUUAUCCAUACUUUUGAAACUGCCCAAAAAAUUUACUUAAAUUCUUGCAAAAAAUUAGUCAACAUUUCCAAAGACGGCUUGAUAGAGUAAAGUCAAGUAUACUAUAAAAUGAAAUACCUUAAUAGAAUUUUAUUGACAAAAGAAAACAAUACUAAUUAGAAUUAGAUUAAACUGCUAUAUCUAUUAGGAACACAUACGAUCAAAUUGAACAAGAUAAAUGUUAUUUUUCUAUCAAUUUAGCACAUGGAUUAUUUACAAGGUCCACAUUCCCUUACAUGCCUAAUUAUAUAAAUAAGUUUUGUUAAAAGCCCAAAAACUAAUCCAAACGAAUAUACCAAGCAUUAUUGAAAUAUGAAUAACCAAAAGAACAUGAAAUAAAUGUUACAAAUUAAUCAGUCAUUAUCUCUAAUAACAUUUAUAGUGUUAAAUUAGAUUAUUUAGAUGUAUUUUAUUUUGCAACAUUCAAUCCAAAAUAAUAAUAAAUUACAUCAAAACUUUAACCUUAAGUAAUAUAAUCUUAUUGUUAAAAAUUUGCUGAAUAAUUACCAGAAUUAUAAAAAAAAGAGAGCCUUUUGAUUUAUUUGUGCUAUUAUUUUAAUAACUUUAUAAAAUUUGCUUAAGCUUAGGUUGCUUUCCAUACUUUAAGAACAUAACGAAAAACUGUACCAAUAUUAUAAUAUUAUGAUUCAUAAUCAGAUGUAUUUUUAUAUAUUAAAGUAGUUCGAAAACUAAUUAUAAUCAUUUAUUACUUACAAAAAUAUCAAAAAAUGUGCUUUUAGUGAAAUCAUUAUUAAGAGUAAUGAAAAUUAUUAUAUAUAAUUAUCUGGAUAAACAGAUUCUUUAUAAAAUGUUGAAAUUUAUUGGAAUAUUAAUGAUAAUUUAGAAUAAAAAUUAGAUAACUUUAAUUUAUUAGAAACUUAAAAAUAGAAUCUUGGUAAAAUAUUGAAAUUAAAAAACAGAGCAUACCCUACAUAUUUUAAAUUAAAUAUUGAAAUAGAUCAAUAUCAUAAUGAAGAUCCAUCAAUAGAUGAAAUUUUUAAAAUAACAAAAUGUUAAAAUUAUUUCAAAAUGUUUCCAUUCAUAAUUGCUUAAGAUUCUUCUUUAUCUUAAAUAGAUAUUUGGUAUGAAGUUGAAUCAUAAUUGAUAAAAUUACCUAUUACUUAUGAAGAUGAAUUAAUAUUAGAAAAGAUGUUUCAAUAUAAUGAAGAACCAUGGGAAUAUUUAAGAUGGAUAAUUGUUAGAACUAGUGCACUUAAAAUAAAAAAAUAAAUUGCUUAAAUCAAAUUAGAAAAUAAAGCUAUUAAAUUAAUAUAGAAUUUUAAGAAGGAUGAUAAAAAAUAUAUUUCUAUUUUAAAUUAAGAUGGAUUUAAAUGUUAAGAUGAAUUAAUCCCACUUUAAAAUUUGCUUCCAUCUUUUAAUUAGAUUGACUUUAUUUUAAUUAAAUAGAUUAUUGAGGAUAAAUUAAUUGAUGCUAAAUUCUCUUAAAUUUAAGAAAAGUAAAAUAACCAAUUGUGA